AUGGAACGCUUGACUUUGCCGACAUUUUAUCCUGAGACAUGGCUUUGGCUUGACAACGACAUCUCGGGUGGCACUACCACUCUUGAAGUAACUGCCCCACAAAGAAACACUACUUGGGUGGCCAGUGGUUUUGUUAUUUCUGAUAGACUUGGACUACAACUGAUAGAGGAACCCAUUCAGCUAGAAGUAAUCCGGCCCUUCUUUAUUUCACUAAAUCUCCCAUACUCUGUAAUCAUGGGUGAACAGUUAGUCCUGGAAGCUACACUGUUUAAUUAUUUAGCCGAAAACCAAGAGGUCACAGUUAAACUGGAAGAUAAUGACUCAUUUGAAAUUAUUGCACUAAAUUAUGAUGCCAGUACUGUAGCUGGUCAGAGGAAAGUGACCGUUCCCAGUCAGGAUACCAAGAAUGUUCUGUUCCCAGUAAAGCCAAAACAACUGGGUCAGAUCUCAUUUACAGUGAAAGCAACUUCCUCUGCUGCUUCAGAUAGUGUAACCAAGAAUAUAUUUGUAAAGGCUGAAGGAGUGAAGCAGUUCUAUUCCGAGUCGGUAUUAUUUCGAUUGCCGACACAAAAAUUAUCAUUCACCUUUCCUUCAGAUGUUGUACAAGGGAGUGAGGAAGCAUUUGUCACGGCUGUUGGAGAUCUUCUUGGACCAUCUAUAGAAAGUCUUGAAUCUCUGAUCCAGAUGCCAUAUGGCUGUGGGGAGCAGAAUAUGAUUAACUUUGCACCAAACAUCUAUGUUCUUCAAUAUUUAAUGGCGACCAAACAGAUAACGGAGAAUAUUAGAGAGCGGGCCAUAAUCCACAUGUUACUAGGUUAUCAAAAGGAAUUAACAUAUAGGCGAGACGAUGGCUCAUUUAGUGCUUUUGGAAACAAUGAUGCUUCUGGAAGUACUUGGCUUUCAGCAUUUGUGCUUCGAUGCUUCCUUCAAGCUUGGCCAUUUAUUUAUAUAAGCCCAGACAUUUUAACCCAAACCGUAGAAUGGUUGGUUCAGUACCAGGAUAUGAACACUGGUGUAUUCUCAGAACCUGGGCGUGUUAUUCAUUCUGAGCUCCAGGGUGGGUUAAAUGGUCCCAUCACUCUUACUGCCUACAUACUUACCUCACUCAUUGAAGAUGAGGGAUAUAGGGAUACAAUAGUGGCUCUGCAGGCUUUAUCGCAGUUUAUGGUUGCGGUACAAACGAUGGAAACUUCUUUAACCAUAACAAUUACCGGUCCAGGUUCAUUUGUGCCAAAAACAUUUCAGAUCAACAGUGGAAAUAUUCUGCUUUUACAAAGUCAGCAGAUUGCGGUUUCCCAACCACUAACAAUCAAUGUUACUGCAGCUGGAAGAGGACUAGUGAUUUUCCAGCUCAAUGUCAAUUAUAACCAGAGAGUAUCAUCCGCACGUAAGAGAAGAGCACUUAGCUCAGAAGCAUUCAAGUUAGAUGUAAUAGUUAAUGAAGACAAAAACAACAUUUAUCGACUCUAUGUGAAUAUAUGCACAAGCUACCAAGGCCUUGGGAAUGAAAGCGGAAUGGCCCUGUUGGACGUUGGAUUUCUUAGUGGAUUUACAUUGGACCCAGCAGGAAUUCUUCUACAAGGAUCCCUUAAGUUGGUGGAGAAAAAGGAUGACAAAGUUUACCUUUACUAUGAUUCGGUGACCAAAACCCAGUUAUGUGUAUCCAUUCCAAUGAUUCGUGUUGCUUAUGUUGCUAGUUCUAAGGACGCAGUCAUUAAAAUUGUGGAUUAUUACAACCCAACAAACACAGCAACAAGCUCUUAUAAUUCUCUGAUGAUGAAAAGAGUUUCCUUUUGUGACUUCUGCGGACUGAACUGCACUCUUUGUAAAUCGAAUGUGUUGGUAAAGCCCCAACAAAGCAACGCUAAUUCACUGUCAUUCCACUUCCUUUUAUUCUUUAUACUGAGCAUAUAUUAUAUUUUGCUGCUUUCAUCAUAUUAAUUAAUGAUUAGCAUUUUCUUUUUGGAACUUGUUAUAAUCUAACAGCAUAUUGGGUUUAAAAAUAUAUAAAAGCAACAUUCAACGUUUCAGAAUAUAAAUAAAUGUAUUACUUCAAGAUAAAACACAAUUGUGUUAUGCUUGUAUUCAUUUAUUUAUUACAUAAAAGAAUGGGUAAGGAUACAAUUUGAAUUGCAAGAUACCACUAAAACUGUUAUAUGUAUUUUUUUAAAUGAAACAUGGAAGACACGGUUGUUUUCUACAGCAAUCUAUUUUGUAAU